CCUCCUCCUCCUCCUCCUCCUCCUCCUCCUCCUCCUCCUCUUCUUCCUCCUCCUCCUCCUCCUCCUCCCCCCGCGGAUGCUCUCGGGCAGCGGCGGCCGCGGUGCCCGGGCGGGGGGGGCAUGGCGGCCCCGGACAGCUGCGUCAAGGUGGCCGUGAGGAUCCGUCCCCAGCUGUCCAAAGAGAAGAUCGAGGGAUGUCACAUCUGCACCUCCGUGACGCCCGGCGAGCCCCAGGUGCUGCUGGGGAAGGACAAAGCCUUCACCUACGACUUCGUCUUCGACCUGGACACGUGGCAGGAGCAGAUCUACACCACGUGCGUGGGCAAGCUCAUCGAAGGCUGCUUCGAGGGCUACAAUGCCACUGUGCUGGCGUACGGCCAGACGGGGGCCGGGAAGACGUACACCAUGGGGACGGGCUUCGACAUGAACAUCUCCGAGGACGAGCAGGGCAUCAUCCCGCGGGCCAUCGGCCACCUCUUCAGCGGCAUCGAGGAGCGCAAGCGGGCGGCACAGAGCCAAGGCGUGGCGGCACCUGAGUUCAAAGUCAGCGCCCAGUUCCUGGAGCUCUACAACGAGGAGAUCCUGGACCUGUUUGACAGCGCCCGCGACCCCGACGCGCGGCACCGCAAAUCCAACAUCAAAAUCCACGAGGAUGCCAGCGGGAGCAUCUACACCACCGGCGUCACCUCGCGGCUCAUCAGCUCGCAGGACGAGCUGAUCCAGUGCCUGAAGCAGGGGGCUCUGUCCCGCACCACUGCCAGCACCCAGAUGAACGUGCAGAGCUCCCGCUCCCACGCCAUCUUCACCAUCCACCUGUGCCAGAUGAGGGUCUGCGCCCGCCCGGAGCUGGUGAACGGGGAGGUGAGCGGCCUCCUGGAUGGAGCCCAGCCCCCCACCGAGUACGAGACCCUCACGGCCAAGUUCCAUUUCGUCGACCUGGCGGGCUCGGAGAGGCUGAAACGAACGGGUGCUACUGGCGAGAGGGCAAAGGAAGGCAUCUCCAUCAACUGCGGGCUGCUGGCCCUGGGGAACGUCAUCAGUGCCCUGGGAGACCAGAGCAAGAAGGUGGUGCACGUGCCCUACCGGGACUCCAAGCUCACCCGCCUGCUGCAGGAUUCCCUCGGGGGCAACAGCCAAACCAUCAUGAUCGCCUGCGUCAGCCCCUCCGACCGCGACUUCAUGGAGACCCUGAACACCCUCAAGUACGCCAACCGGGCUCGCAACAUCAAGAACAAGGUGGUGGUGAACCAGGACAAGACCAGCCAGCAGAUCAGCGCCCUGCGGGCCGAGAUCGCCCGCCUGCAGAUGGAGCUGAUGGAGUACAAGGCGGGCAAGCGGGUGAUCGGGGAGGACGGCUCGGAGGGCUACAGCGACCUUUUCCGUGAGAACGCCAUGCUGCAGAAGGAGAACAGCGCCCUGCGCAUGCGGGUAAAAGCCAUGCAGGAGGCCAUCGAUGCCAUCAACAACCGGGUCACCCAGCUGAUGAGCCAGGAGGCCAACCUCAUGCUGGCCAAGGCAGGGGAUGGUAACGAAGCUAUCGGUGCCCUCAUCCAGAAUUACAUCCGGGAGAUCGAAGAGCUGAGGACCAAACUCCUGGAGAGCGAAUCCAUGAACGAGUCCUUGCGGCGCAGCCUCUCGCGCGUCUCUGCCCGGCCCCCCUACUCCGUGGGCUCGUCCCCGGUGCCCGGUUUGGCUGCCCCCGCUGAGACGGAGGCGUCCGACGUCCUGCGCCGGGCCAAGCAGGACCUGGAGCGCCUGAAAAAGAAGGAGAGGAGGCAGCGGAGGAAAAGCCCCGAGAAGGAGGCGUUCAAGAAGCGGCCGAAGCUGCAGGACAACGGGGAGGAGACGGACGAGAACGAGGGAGAAGAGGAGGAGGAGGAGGAGCAGGACGAGAGCGGCUGCGAGGAAGAGGAUGGGCGCGAGGAUGAAGACGAGGACUCGGGCAGCGAAGAGAGCCUGGUGGACUCGGACUCGGACGCGGAGGAGAAGGCCGUGAAUUUCCAGGCCGACCUGGCGGAUCUGACUUGCGAGAUCGAGAUCAAGCAGAAGCUGAUCGACGAGCUGGAGAACAGCCAGCGGCGCCUGCAGACCCUCAAGCACCAGUACGAGGAGAAGCUGAUCCUGCUGCAGAACAAGAUCCGGGACACGCAGCUGGAGCGGGACCGGGUCCUGCAGAACCUCAGCACCAUGGAGUGCUACACGGAGGAGAAAGCCAACAAGAUCAAGGCUGACUACGAGAAGCGGCUGAAGGAGAUGAACCGGGACCUGCAGAAGCUGCAGGCGGCCCAGAAGGAGCACGCUCGCCUGCUCAAGAACCAGUCCCGCUACGAGCGCGAGCUGAGGAAGCUGCAGGCGGAGGUGGCCGAGAUGAAGAAGGCGAAGGUUGCGCUGAUGAAGCAGAUGCGGGAGGAGCAGCAGCGGAGGCGGCUGGCGGAGACCAAGAGGAACCGGGAGAUCGCGCAGCUCAAGAAGGAGCAGCGGCGCCAGGAGUUCCAGAUCCGGGCUCUGGAGUCUCAGAAGCGGCAGCAGGAAAUCGUGCUGCGGAGGAAAACCCAGGAGGUGUCGGCGCUGCGCCGCCUCGCCAAGCCUAUGUCAGACCGGGUGGCGGGCAGGACGAGCCAGAAGCCGCCCAUGCUGGACUCGGGCGCUGAGGUCUCGGCCAGCACCACCUCCUCCGAGCCCGAAUCCGGCGCCCGCUCCGUCUCCAGCAUCGUGCGCCAGUGGAAUCGGAAAAUCAACAAUUUCCUGGGAGACCCCUCGCCUGCUGCCAACGGGGCUCGGCCGCCCAGGAAGAAGUUCCCCAAGAAGGGGACGAGCCAGACCUUCAGCAAGGCUGCCCGCCUCAAGUGGCAGUCCCUGGAGCGGCGCAUCUUCGACAUCGUGAUGCAGAGGAUGACCAUCGUCAACCUGGAGGCCGACAUGGAGCGGCUCAUCAAGAAACGCGAGGAGCUGGCGCUGCUGCAGGAGGCGCUGCUGGGCAAGAGGGCGAAGCUGCAGGCGGAGAGCCCCAAGGAGCAGAAGGGGCUGCAGGAGCUGAACGAGGAGAUCGAGGUGCUGGGGGCCAACAUCGACUACAUCAACGACAGCAUUUCCGACUGCCAGGCUACCAUCAUGCAGAUCGAGGAGACCAAGGAGGAGCUGGACUCCACGGACACCUCGGUGGUGAUCAGCUCCUGCUCCCUGGCCGAAGCCCGGCUCCUGCUGGACAACUUCUUGAAGGCAUCCAUCGACAAGGGGCUGCAGGUGGCGCAGAAGGAGGCCCAAAUCCGGCUGCUGGAGGGGCGCCUGAGGCAGACGGAUGUCACCGGCUCCUCGCAGAACCACCUCAUCCUGGAUGCCCUGCGGGAGAAAGCCGAGUCCCACCCCGAGCUGCAGGCGCUGAUCCACAACGUCCAGCAAGAGAACGGCUACACCAGCACGGAUGAGGAGGUCUCCGAGUUCAGCCUGGCCUCGGAUGGGAGCUUCUCCCAGUCUUUCACCAUGAAGGGCUCAGCGAGCCAGGAUGACUUCAAGUUCAAGGGAGAGCCCAAGCUCUCCGGGCAGAUGAAGGCGGUGUCGGCCGAGUGCCUGGGUCCCACGCUGGACAUCUCCACCAAGAACAUCACCAAGUCCUUGGCGUCCCUCAUGGAGAUCAAGGAGGACGGGAUCAGCUUCUCCAUCCGAGACCCCUAUUACAAGGAGAAGGUGUCGCGCACCGUCAGCCUGCCCACGCGAGGCAGCACGUUCCCCAGGCAAUCUCGCGUCUCGGACACGUCGCCGCUCACACGGAGGAAAUCCUACGACCGUGGGCAACCCGCCAGGCCUCCAGACGUCGGCUUCACGCCCCCCUCGUCCCCCCCCACCCGCCCGCGCAACGACCGCAACGUCUUCUCUCGGCUCACGAGCAACCAGAGCCAGGGCUCGGCCUUGGACAAGUCUGAUGACAGCGAUUCCUCUGUCUCGGAGGUGCUGAGGGGCGUCAUCAACCCGGUGGGGGGCACCAAGAACGCCCGGACGGCCCCGCUGCAGUGCGUCUCCGUGGCAGAAGGACACACCAAGCCCGUGCUCUGCCUGGAUGCCACCGAUGAGCUGCUUUUCACUGGCUCCAAAGACCGCAGCUGCAAGAUGUGGAACCUGGUGACGGGGCAGGAGAUCGCCUCCCUCAAGGGGCACCCCAACAACGUGGUGUCCAUCAAGUACUGCAGCCACACGGGGCUGGUGUUCACCGUGUCCACCUCGUACAUCAAGGUGUGGGACAUCCGGGACUCGGCCCGCUGCAUCCGCACCCUCACAUCUUCUGGCCAGGUGAUCUCUGGGGACGCGUGCGCCGGGACCACCACCCGCACGGUCACCAGCGUGCAGGGGGAGCACCAGAUCAACCAGAUCGCGCUCAACCCCACCGGCACCACGCUCUACGCCGCCACCGGCAACUCCGUCCGCAUCUGGGAGCUGAGCAGGCUGCAGCCCGUCGGGAAGCUGAGCGGCCACAUCGGGCCCGUGAUGUGCCUGACGGUAAACCAGACGGCGAGCAACCACGACCUGGUGGUGACGGGCUCCAAGGAUCACUACGUCAAGGUGUUUGAGAUUGCCGAGGGCAUGGUGGGCAAUAUCGGCCCCACUCACAACUUCGAGCCCCCUCACUACGACGGCAUCGAGUGCCUGGCCAUCCAGGGGGACGUCCUCUUCAGUGGCUCCAGGGACAACGGCAUAAAGAAAUGGGACCUGGAGCAGCAGGAACUUAGCCAGCAAAUCCCCAACGCGCACAAAGACUGGGUCUGCGCCCUGGCCUUCAUCCCCGGCCGCCCCAUGGUGCUGAGCGCCUGCCGAGGAGGCGUGAUCAAGGUGUGGAACGUGGAUAACUUCACCCCGGUGGGGGAGAUCAAGGGGCACGACAGCCCCAUCAAUGCCAUCUGCACCAACUCCAAGCACAUCUUCACCGCCUCCAGCGACCUGACAGUGAAGCUCUGGAGCGGGAGGAGGUUGCCCGCUGGGUCCAACUAGGGGCUGCAAAGGACUGGAAGGUGGGACAGGAGGGGGACAGCCGGGUACCUCGCCCUUGCUAUCGAGACCUCGUCAUCGACAGGAGCUCAGCCCAGGGAUGGGAUUUGUUGUGGCUGGCCCGCCGGGGUGGAUGAGGCCCCACCUGGUACUUUGAGCACUGAUUUUUUUUCCCUGUGAAGAGGCAGCUCCGUGGAGCACCGGCAGCUCCACCUCCCCUCCUGCUGCGCUUUCUCGAUGGUUUUCCACUGACCAGGAAACUUCGUCUCCCUUCUCGCCCACCCUGCUGUACUGCUGCUGUCAGGACUCCGAGAGGUUGGAGUCCAGGCUGAGCUCCCAAAGGAAUUUGGAGACACCGAAUUCCCUCCUGUCCCUGUGGCUUCCCGCAGCCUCCACCUGGAUGUGCUCCUUUGGUCCCUCUUGGCUCCGGGGCUGGUUCCUGCAGGAGUCUUUCUCCAUUCCCCAGUCUCGAGGCCGUUUGGGGUCUGCUGGCCAGGACCAGAGCACGGAGGGGCUGCUUCUUCGGAGACGGUACUUGUGGGAUGGCCCCGUGCUGCGAUGGGGUCUGCAGGAGGAUUUCCAGGCAGCUCCAUCAGCCCCCAGCCUCAGCCUGUCCCACCCGGCUCGCCCUGCGCAUCCCUGCUGUGCCUGGUGAGCCCGGGCAGCUCUCCGUCCAUCGCACGACUUCCAGCCCCAGCUGCUGCAUUUCCUCGUGGCGAUCUGUGAAAAUCUCUGAGCCAAAAUCAGCAGACCCCAGCUCCACUCUGCGGCGGGGAAAGGGGUCUCAGCAGGCAUCCCUGAAGCCUUUUAACCCCUCUCGAGCUCAGGACCCCAAGCGAGACCAGAAGUUCCUGGCUGAAGAAGCCGAGGCUGGGUUUUGUUGCCCCGAUGCCCGUCUCAUUUUGGCACAGCUGGGAGCUGGAGGCUCUCAACGCCCCCCUCUCAGCCCCUUUACUGGGGAGGGACCAGCUCGGUUUUGCCCCCCGAGCCCUGGGGUGCCGGCGAUGGGGCUCAGUACCAGGAGUGGGGUGAGGAUGGGGUCGGCUGCUGAGGCUGGCACAAAUCCCCCACUCCCUGCACACUUGAAGGACAAUCCUGCAGGGGCUGAUCUUGCACAGUUUGCUCCAUCCAGGAGUGAGAUCCUGAGGAUUCAGCCUCUGCAGCUACCCUCCUCCUCCUCCUCCUCCCCUGGUCUAAGGGUCGGCCAGGCUCUGGUCCCAUGCUGGAGCUUUGAUUUCUCCCUCCCCUGGUCCCUUGGGCCGUCCCCUGCCCCAUGCCAGGCUUUGUGGGAUGGCCGAGGAGACCCCAGGAGCGGUGCCCUCUCCUCCCCUGCUCUCACCUCACUUUUGUCGCAGAAGAAGCAGCUUUUGGACUCGGACUUAUGGAUUUCCCUACGUGAUCCCACCGGUGCUGAACUGGGAUCUCAGAGGCCGGGGGCUCCAGGACCUGCCCCAUAAAGCACAGACCAUUUUCCCUCUCCUUCCUGCAACCACAGCCAGCCCCGAGUCCUUUGCCACCAGCCCUCGUUGAAACCUCUCCAGGCGGAGCGUGGCGAUUCCUCCUCAUCCCGAAGCACAGGAGCAUCUCUACUGACUUGAAAAGGAUUUUUUUUUGUGGGUUUUUGGGAAAAAAAAAAAAAAAAGCAACAAAACAAUCCUGCUGGCAUGCCUCGGUGGAGGGCACGAUGCCGUGCCACCCUGCCCGGGACAGUGCCAAGAGGCACAAGGGCCCCAUGGCCACCCCAUAGCGCACAGAGGUACGGAGCUGGAGGCCGUGAUGCCCCCUAAGCCUGUCUCGGAGAGGGUUUCCCUGCUCCUCAAUACCUUUUUUUUUUUUGGGAUGUGUGUGUCUGUGUGGCUGCAGCUCGGUGCAUCGGUGCCAAGAUCUGCCAGCGCCUGCCCUAAAACCUCGCGCUGCUGGGAUCAGUGAAGGGGCGCCCUGUUGGGGUGAUUUGGGGUCAGAUCUGCCUCGCCUUGCUCUCCAGUUUCCCCCCUCCACGUAGGCUGCGGGUUCCUGCUUGGCUUCCCAGGGCUGGGGGGCUGGAUCCUGGCUGAUGCUGAGCCCCCCCGGCUGCAGCCUGGAGGUGCAGGGAGCUGGGGAGCACGGCACAGCAGCGAGGGGGCAGAGGGGGGGUCCGUGAAGCAGGAGGUGACGGUGAUCCCAUAUUGUGUGUGUGUGUGUGUCAUAGUCCCUGCGUGGGUUGUUUUUUUGGGGUGUUUGAUCUGGUUUAGCUACCUCACGGUGCAAGCUGGGUGCUGUCGUCGUUGGGUUUCGUCGGGGGGGGGGGGGUGAUGGGGUGGGGGGUGGUGGGUGGGGGUUGAAGUUUGGAUUUCUCUGCCUUCCGUCCUCGUCGUUCUGAUUUCGAUGCUUGAGUUUGUCCCAAAGACGUGUGCCCUCACCUGCACCUCACUGCAUUUCUGAGCCCCCUCCCUGGGCAGCUCAGCACCCCAAUUCCCCCCCCAGCUCCCCGUUCUGCUCCAGUUUUCCUGCUGAGAUCCGGCUCUGGAUGCUGGAGGAUGCUCACAGCGGGGCUCUGCCUCCAUCCCAGUAGUUAUGGGGUUGAUCUGCAGCCUGGCACGGAUCCCUCCUGUCCCUUUGGGGGGAUGGAGAGCAUCCUCUGCAGGGCUGAUCAGCCUCCAUCCCCGUCCCUGUGCUCGCAGCUGGGUUCUGGGGGUGCAAAAUCUCCUUGGGGUGAUGGCACCUAAAGCACAGGGUGGGCACGGGCUGCUCCUCGUCCCUCUUUUCCUGAGCCCUGGGCGCAGGGAGCGGUGCUUUCACCUCUGCCCAGGGUGGAGGUGGUCUGCGAGAGAGGGGGAGCCCCCUGUGUAAUGUCUAUUUUAUUGUUUCCCUCCCCAAAAUGUAGCUGAGCCUAGAUCCCGUCCCAGGCACUGAACCCAAACUGGGGCAUCUCCAGGGCCCCCGGUUCUCCCCUCAUGGGAGAACUGCACCAUAGGGUUUUGGGGGGGCUCGUGGCUCCUAGCCCUACCCCCAGCUCUGGGGGGCAGGUCCCCCAAACCCUAAAGCACAAGGUCCCACCCUGCUGGGGGUCUGGCAAGGGGGGAGCUCUUACCCUUUGCUCCUUCAGCUCUGCCCGUGGGCAGCAUCCCUGCGGGCACCGCCGGGUUUUGGGGUGCGCGUUCCCAAAUUCACCACCUUGUCCUGGUCCCGGGGGACGGUGCCUGCAGGCUCAGGCUGGGGCCGUGGUUUUGGAUACACCGGGGGUGUAGGGUAAGGACAGGGCUGCAGGUGAGGGGUGGAGGAGAAGCCAGAGACCCCCCCUUUUUUUUAAUAUCCCUUUGCACUGUGCUGGGUGCUCCCCUGGGGGUCUAUGUGGGGGUCUCUGAGCCUUCCCCCAGCCCCUCCAUCGCAGGGACAGCUCAGAGCUGCCUUCACACCACCCACCUCGUGUUCCUUCUCCCUCGGUGCCUUGGUUUGUGCCCGGGGGGGUUGAAGCUGGGUGCUGCUGGUCCCUCGCUCCUGGAUCUCCUCCCUCCAGCACACAGGGGCCGGCUCCAGCUCCAGCCUGGAGCUGAGCUUUGCACAGCAGGGAUGGAGAUGACGCAGGAGCCCCAAAGUGCCAGGCCCCCAAACCACUGUGAGCCCCCCCCGGGGAGCCCGGACCCCAUCUCCCUGCUCUUACAGCACAAAUUUUUUGGGGGGGUUGGGGUGCUGUGUCCCAGCCUGCGAGCAGCUGGAGCACCAGGGCUUGGGGCUGCUCCCCAGCACCUCGCAGCUUUUGGGGUCCCAGCCCUGGUCCCACAGAGCCACCGCCUGCCCCCAGGGUGUCCUCCCCGUGCCCCCCUUCCCCAUCCCAUGUUGGGAUGGGGCCCAGGUACGAUCCCACGGAGCACUUGCCUUGUCGCUGCUGCUUUGCUCCAUCCUGCAGGCACCGUGCCCCCCCCCAGAGCCCCCUUCUCCCUUUGUGGGGAGCAGGGAAGGGGUCCCCCAGCCCCAACCCCCCCCGUGCUGCUCCAGCUGUAAGCAGGAGGGAGCCCAGCACAGCACUGACACCCCCUCCAAAGCCUUGUUCCUAAAAAACCCAUUGCCCUGCGCCUUCCUCCUGCCCUGGGGGGCUCGUCCCCAUCUCCCCCAGGACCUGCACCAGGAUGGGGCCAGCCCUGCGCCUGCUCCAUCGCCCCUUCCCGCUGCACAAAUCACAAGCAGCAGGUGCCUUUUCUUGCUCGGAGCUGUCGUUGAGGCCAGCUCUCCUGAAGGCUUCUUUUUUUUCUUCUUUUUCCUCUCUGCUGAGCUGUGCGGCCCAGCCCUGGGGUCUGGGUUUGUUGGAGGACAAGGCGUGUGUAUAUAUUUUGUACCUCGAUGUGUUCCUGUAAAUAGUGUAAGUUAUUUCGGUCUCAUGAUGUACAUGUUGGUUUGGUUUUGUUUUUUUUUGUUUUUUUUUUUCAAUGGAUGUGUUUGGUCCUGGCCUUUUUGUCUUCACGAAUAAAGUGUUCUGAAACCA